GGAGGAGCACCGGGGACAGAGUGGUGAACGGACCGGGGAGAGGAGGAGGAGGAGCCGGAACACAGAGGAGGAGCACCGGGGGGAUGAGUGUGAACUUCCCCGGGUCGACUCAGCGUCUCUCGGCGGUGAGCUCCCCCCCUGGACGCGCAGUGUGAGCCGGGCUUGGUUUCAGCGGAGCGUCCGGCGGGACUCGCCCGCGCCGCGGAGCGUCAUGGACGGGAUCACCUCGGCGGCGGUGACGCCGGGAUGGAGCCGGAGCCGCUAGGAGCGCGACCUCACUGCGGAGCUGCCACAUCUGUCUGGACCCGCCUGCACAUCUGGAUCCACCGAGCGGCUGCAGCAUGUACGCUGGGAGGAAGAGAAGGAAACCCGCUCAGAAGGGAGUCAAACCGGCCCCUGCCGAAGGUGCCAAGUCCAACCCGUCCAAACGCCACCGUGACCGUCUGAACUCGGAGCUGGACCGGCUCGCCAGCCUGCUGCCGUUCCCCGAGGACGUCAUAUCCAGCCUGGACAAGCUGUCCAUCCUGAGACUGAGCGUCAGCUUCCUCCGCACCAAGAGCUUCUUCUCAGUGGCGCUGAUGAACCAGCUCUCCAAUGGCAAGAACAAGCGCAGUGAUCAAAAUGAAGACGGCAAGACGACGGGUUCUGCUGACAGACACGUUCCAGAGGGGGAGCUGCUGCUGCAG